AAACAAAAAAGGAAGAAGGAAAAUUUGUUCAGCUCACGCCAUUGCAUUCGCCGUGUAGAGGAUGAAAACUUUCGGAAACUUUUCGCUUUCAUUUGAACCUGCUAUUGGUGUAAAGAACUGCCGCUGACAGGAAUUACAUCUGGACGGGAAAUAUUCGCCUCUUGUUUAUGCACAUGUGAGAGGAUUUACCUGAAUAACUCACACUUUCAUCGACAGUUAAAGGAAACUGAGGGGAUUUUACAUGCUAGUCAUAUUUUAAACACUUCUCAGAUAGCCUACACCAGACAACCAUGUCGGGGGGUAUCGGUAUCUAUGCGGCCAAGAAACGGAAGAAGCCCGUUCAGAAAAUACCCAAACCACCACCACCUGAUGGUAUCAAAUCCAACCCCUCCAAGCGGCACAGAGACCGGCUGAACGGCGAAUUGGACAAGCUGACCAACCUUCUACCCUUCUCAGAAGACAUCCGUGCACGGCUGGACAAACUGUCAGUGCUUCGACUCAGUGUUGGAUACCUGAAAGUUAAGAGCUUCUUCAAUGCCACAGGCAAAAAGACAGGAGGAAAUGGAUGGCCAAGUGACCGGACAGGGACAUUUGGAGGAAAUGGACAGACAGCCACCAGUCUGGAUGGAGUCAGUUUCUCAGAGGGUGACCUGUUGUUGCAGGCCCUCAAUGGCUUUGUUCUGGUUGUCACCGCCGAAGGUUACGUGUUUUAUUCAUCACCGACUAUACAGGACUACCUUGGCUUCCAUCAGUCGGAUGUGGUCCACCAGAGUGUAUUUGAGCUCAUCCAUACAGAUGAUCGGGCAAUGUUCCGCAGACAACUACACUUCGCUCUCAAUCCCACCUCGUGUGAUGGAAGCGAAAGAUCCGAUGCAAUGCAGAGCAGCAGUGACAUCACCAGAGACAUGGUAAACUACAACCCUCAACAGAUCCCUCCAGAAAACUCAUCUUUCCUGGAACGAAGCUUCUGCUGCCGAUUCCGGUGCCUCCUUGACAACUCAUCAGGCUUCUUGGCCCUGAACUUCCAGGGGAGGCUGAAAUAUCUCUAUGGGCAAAACAAAUUGGUGGAAGAUGGGACCUUGUCCCACCCUCAGCUGGCCCUUUUUAUCAUAGCCACACCCCUCCAGCCACCCUCAAUCUUGGAAAUCAGAAGCAAGACUCUUCUUUUCCAAACCAAACACAAGCUGGACUUCACACCCAUUGGUAUCGACACAAGAGGGAAGGUGGUUCUUGGCUACACUGAGAUUGAGCUGUGUAUGAGAGGCUCCGGUUAUCAGUUCAUUCACGCUGCUGACAUGAUGUACUGUGCUGACAACCAUGUCAGAAUGAUAAAGACAGGAGAAAGUGGUUUAACCGCCUUCAGACUUCUCUCAAAAUGGGGUACAUGGAUCUGGGUGCAGUCCAAUGCUAGGCUUAUUUAUAAAGGAGGAAGGCCAGACUUUAUAAUUGUUCGACAGAGAGCACUAACUAAUGAGGAGGGUGAGGAACACCUCAGUCAAAGGAAGUUGCAGCUACCCUUUAACUGCACCACUGGUGAGGGUGUCUUGUAUGAGACUGGCCCCACACUGGACAUCAUCACUGACAUUCAAAAUCAGAGCAAAGUCCAGAAGAUAAACAAACCUCAAUCUCUGAACCCAGAUUCUAUUCUUGGCUCCAUGCUGAACCAGGAUCUUUCUAUCUACAACCCGAACAAUGACCCCAAUUCACAGUUUACGCUUGACAAGGCUUUCAGGGAUAGCCACGCCCUGCUCAAUGUCCCUGGGAACACCUGGCACCCGUCAGCCACAAACACUGUAGCUGAGAUAAAGGAGGAAGGUGUGGUAAAGGACAUGAUGGAAACCUUGCAGCAGAUUAUCGGGGACACCACUUUUUGCGACAACCUUCAGGAUUUUGAUGUGGACAAAUUGGAGCUGAAGGAGUGGGAGAACACUCUGCUCAGGAUGAACUACAACAACGAUAUGGAUCUUAACAAAAUCCUCACCAACGACAUCCUCUCCUAUGUCGAGGAUGCACUUUUCAAGGAAAGUGGUGUUCAAUUGCCUGGACAGCUAAAGGACCCGGGUCUAUUUGUUGAGGUGCCGGAGUUACAGAAUAACUUAGCUGCUAACCAGGCAUUCAACUGCCAGGCAGGGAUGCUUGGUGGAUCCCAAGGUCCGGGUGGGUUCAUCGGAAUGAACAUCCAGGAUGGAGUGGAUGCCAGUAGCCCUGGAAGAGGGAUGGCCAAGCUCAGCCAUAUGGGACCACAGAUUUUACCUGGCGACACUUUCGUCCAAUCAUUUGGACUAGACCAGACAACCCAAAAUAUGGCCAGCAAUAAUAACAUCAUGUUUAAUCCUUCUCUUGGCAUGCAGUGUAGUCAGCAGUCGAGCCAAGUCAGGCUUGGUCUGCAAGGUGCUGUGCAAGAGAACGGAAUGGUGCCAUGUGGCCAGAGAAACCUACAGACUGGAAACCAGCCCCAUCCCAACGCAAUGACUCUCCCUCUUCAAAACCCACUAUUGCAGGGCACUUCCACCCUGCCGAUAGGCUUCCAGAAUCCACUUCCCCAACAACCGUCAAUCAGUCAGAACCCUCAGUGGGUGUCCGAAAGCAACAAUAUGGUGGAUAACCUGCUGAACUCUUGCAGCCGUAACGUUUCAGGUUCACAAGAUGCAGGACUGCACUCUGGCCCUACUACCCACUUACAAGGACAGUUUUCUCUUCACACUCAAAAUCCUGUCAAUCCGGGACUGCCUGCCUGGCAGAAAUCCCAGCCUACCCCUCCGCAGGUCCCUAAAUCGUUUUCCAGUGAGCAUCAGAAUAUGAUGGGCUUCAUCGGCCAAGUGAAAGAUGCCCAAAGAGACAUGCUUGGACAACUGUUGUCGCACACAAACCCACAAGGAUUCGUGUCUGGGUUCGUGCCCCAGACAACUGCAAAUGGCGUCUAUCCUCAGCAGACCUCCAACAGCUGCAUGUUCACAAGCACGCCUCAACCCUCGGUGAAUGGGAUGCAGUACGGUUCUGCCGAUCCAGUAUCUUCAAUUUCAUCCUGCCAGAGGGCUAAAGGUCUGAUUACCCAGAGUCCUACACAAGCAUCCUGUUACUACCAGAGAGGUCCUAGCGAGUUAAUCGUGGACACGCCGGUCAUCCCACAGGAGGACACCAACAUCAGCCCCAUGGCCUGUCAAGUCCCACUUGGAUUAACUCCAGAUAACAUACUUGCUCAGCAGUAUCUCUCCUGCAAUGGCCAGACACAGAUUCCAAACCGUCCACUUGAGGAGAAAGGAACGUACCUCUUUCCCUCAAUGGCCAACGGAACCACCUACUUUUCCGAGAACAACCAAAGCAAUUGCUGUGACUAUUAGUGGUAGAUCCCACCCAAUGCAGUGACUGACACAUCAACAGUGCAGUGCCUGUUUCUAGGGAAAAAACGCACACAUAAAUACAGCAACUUGUUUGUCCCUUCGAGAGAGAUGCAUCCGCUUCUGAUGACACUCUGGGCUGAAAACCUACGAGACGUUACAGAACUUUAAAAGCAAUCUUUACCACACAUUUUUUCACACUUAUCUACUUAUUCACUUAUUCACACCCUCUCUGAUGAGAAAUAAGCAGUAAAAGAAAGUUCAUAUUUAUUUUUUUUAAGCAUGUCCUUUCAUCCCUGAUUGGAUUUCUUCUUUUUUUCCGCCAUUCUGGAGUGGGAUAAUGGCAAGGAGAGGUGUGUGAGCAAGUGUGUGUUUGUGUAUAUGCGCGAGGAAGCCUAGAGUUCAUCAUUUAUGAAGUAUGCAGAAAGAAUGGAGCAACCUUUUAAUUACGGGGACAAGAUUCUGAGGUAACGAAAAAACACCACCGAAAUCAAUAGUCCCAGAAAAUAUGUCCCCGUUUCUGCUACACAACACUUUUUCCAUUCAAGGAGUAAAAUUGAAACAGUACAAGAUACCCUCUUUAAUACCGUCUGCUCUUGCCACCCUUUUAUGCUUGCCUUAACCAUGUUUCAUGUGUAUUACAACAAUAUCUGAAUGUUAUUGCUUAUCAUUUAUUUGUUGUUUUUUUGUUUAAUAAUCGUCUUUUGUACUUUUGUAUGCAUAUAAUCGAAAUUAUGGAAAUACCA